AUGAAAAAUGAAGAAGGUGACCUGAGGUAUCGCCCCGAUCAGACGGCAGACGAGGUGUUGCCUUCAGGUGACCACAGGGCCGCUCGCUCCUCACACGGUCUUUUAAAAGGAUUAAUUAGAGACGCAUUAACGGGCGUCCAGCUGUGGUACAUUACAAAGAUGAAUUCAGAAAACAGCACACAGACGAUUACCUCAACCGCUCUGACAAUUAGAGAGAAAGCUGCAGAGAGGAAGGACAAAAUAUCGAUCAGUUAUUACAGCGUCACCCUGGUUAUCAGAUCACUGAGGCCAAAUGAUAAUUCAGUUUCACUAUCAUGGGGCACAAUGAGUCUUCAGUUUAUGGAUCUGUUUACAUGAUUCUCUUAUCAUUUAUCUGUUAACUCAGAAUUUCCAAAAACAUCAUGAUAUCCUCAUGUUGGUGCAGAUCAUGGGUAACAUAUUAGUGAUCAUUUAUCAUAUCCUAUUAAAUCAAGUCAAACUGAAUCAUAUCAUUUUAUUCAGUAUAGCUUUGUAUCCUAUCAUCAUACUGCCUCCUUACUGAUCUCAUCGAGUAAUUUUUUAUGUAGUAGUAUGACAAGUUUUGGGUGAGUAUCAUAUUUCAUCAUAUCAUGUAUAAUAUAUCAUACUGCAUCCUACCUGAUAUCAUAUAAUUUCUGAUGGUGUGGUGUGACGAGCUUUGGGUGAGUAUCAUAUUUUAUCAUAUUAUAUAUCCUAUCAUAUCAUAGUGCAUUAUACCUGAUGUCAUCAUGUGAUUUCAUAUGUUGUGGUAUGACAAGCUUUGGUUGAGUAUCAUAUUUUAUUAUAUCAACGUUCCAAUCGUAUCAUUUAAUAUUGUCUCAUAUCAUAUUUUACUCUGAUCAAAUCUCAUUGUAUCAUAUUGUGUAAUAGUAAAAUGUUCAGAAUCAUCAGUUUAUGUAGUACAGCUUUGUAUUGUAUCAUAUCUGAUAUAGUUUCAUGCAGUAUAGUAUGGUUGUAUCAUAUCAUAUUAUACUGUAUCUCUCAUAUCCUGUCUAACCUUGCUCUCACCUCCUAAGUCGAAGAAAGCCUCCAGAGUAAAAACAGAGUGAUGAAUUAAACUCUUAGUGUUUCCCUGUUAAUCUGAGUUUUACUAAGUUUUAAAAAACAGAAAUGAAGUCAUGACAGAUCUUUUGAUUGAUUGAUUUCCUUUUAACCACCAUCACUUAUGGGAGGAGUUUAUGCCACUCCUGGUUGAGGUGUAACAGGUCUGAACUAUUUCUUAAAUUGCUCACUAGUUUGAACUAUGACUCCUAUUUUUAGACAUGUUUCUCUUUAAGUGUCCGAUCACUGUAACUGAGAAAAGUGCAAAAAGACUCAGAAUUUUAACAACAUGAUAUUUUUCUGUUGAGAAUCAGUGGUGGUACAUUUGAUAUCUGAUGUCUGAGAGAGCACUCAGAGGUCACUCCACAGUGUUUAGACUGACUCCCUGUGGCUGCUUGGUGGUACUACACUAAAACAAACCUCUCUGUGGCCGUUUCUCAGCCUGUUUCUCUGUUUUUGUGGCCCCUCAUGUCCCCAAGAUGCUCCGAGGGUUAGGCAGGAGGUUUGACAGCACAAAGGUGUACAAAGGGAUAAAUAGGGCACCUGGGGUCGUAGGGUCACUGAGGACUGAAUAUAUGGUCUCAUGUUGACUCUGCACGCAAUGUACAACAAACAAAACCCUCUGCUUUGUUAACUUAAAAACCAGUCUCACCUUUAGUCGCCUCUAACCCUGUGAAGUUAGUUUCAGUUACGGAAAGCUCUCAUGUUUCCAGUAAACCAGUCUGAUAAGAGGUACUGUCAUAUGUGAUCACGCCGACUGUUAGUCAAAAUAGAAACCAGGAAGAAAACAGACAUUUAUCCCCUCAAUAACAACACGUCUCCCCUGAUCUUAUCACUGAUGACUUAUACAUGCUGAGCUCAGAUCAGAUUCUCCGUAAAGUGGAGGGGAAAGAUGUUAUUUCACAACGUGGAGAAACCGAGGCGGAGUCAGAAAGCUGAGUGAAUAAUUAACCAAAUUAUGAAGGUGAUCAUGUUGAGUGAUUGAUUUGGGUCGUUGCCCUGAUAGAGCAAAUAUUUUGAUCCCUAUAACUCAAGAAAGAAAGAAUUUACCAUCAUUACUCGUCAUAUUAUUAUUAUUUAAGCUCAGGCAGUUUGAGCAAAUGUAUCUGUAUCUGUAUUUAUUAAAGCAAAAUAUGAUAUUCCUCCAACUCCAGUUUACUGACUUUGCUUUACUGAGUUCAAUUCAUUAAAUAUCUGUUUUUAAAAAGAUGGACACUUUGAACAAUUCAAGUGUCCAGCUAGAUUAGAAAUCUGAACACAAACAGGAACUUUAUUUUCACCACAUCUGCUGACACAUGUUAAGUUAUAUGAUUGCAAUAAUGAGUGAGAUGCUUUAAGAAUUUAUUUUACUCAUAUUGGAUCGAUGAAAAGUUUGAAUCUUAACUCAGAAACCUUCAAACUGAACCUCAGAGGCGACCAUGAAGCUAACUUCAUAAAAAGUGCGUACAGUUGUGUUUUCCUUGUUUGGGUGCUGUCUCUUCUCUUCUCUUAUUUUUCCUUUUUAAUAUGAUUCAUCGAGCACCCGUCCAAGAAAUGACAUGUUCCUCAUCAAGCUUGUUGUUGUUCUGUUGGUACAAACUACAUGUUUACACCUGCAGGUUCCCUUCCCCCACACAGACUUCUCUUUCACUUUAAUUUAGAGGAUGAUAUCUUCACCUUUCCUCCUGAUCUUCAUUUAUUUGAUAACUUUACUUCUACUCUGCAAAAUUAGUUUAACCACAAUCUUCAAAAUGUAAGUUAGUGUCUCAAACUUGUGAGUUUUUAAGCUGUUUUAGAGAAACUUUGAUGAGAGUUUCACAUUAUUCCGUGAUCAUUUUAAUCAAACUACAUUUCUACAGUGACCUUAGAUUGAAGACUUCAGGACAGCGUUUAUUCUUCAAAACAACAUCCCUCAGGGGAAAUGACCUGAUCUUACUUCCUGUUAAAUUUGACUGAACACCGAAACGCCAACAAGAUCAUCGACGACUGAAAUCUGAGGACGUUCACGGAAAAACACGGAAAUAAGGAGCGCAGGUUUUUCCCAUCCUCCGCCCUUUUCUCCGUCUGCAUGUGACGGUGAACCGAGGGGGGCGGGUCCGAGGGCGGCGGGAGGACAGGGACGAGUCCUUACAUGGGAGGAGAGGAAGAGAGAGAGAAAGAGAGAAAGAGCAGGUAGACUCACCUGAGAAAGAGAGAGAGAGAAAACCGAGCAGCAGAGAGGAGGACUCGGUCAAAACAACAAGUCAACACCCCGACGGUCGUCAGCGGGACAUGAACACUUCAGGUGAGUCUGAACACAGAAGCUUCGGUGUUUAUCGAUUACUCUGCAGACAGACAGACAGACAGACAGACAUUUGACUUCUUCUUCUUUUUAACUUCUUCCGCUUUCUCUGAGUCUAAAACACUUUAGUCCAGAAACGAGUUACUCUGCAGUAAAACCAGGUCAUUCAGAUACAACCAUCACUGACUUACUGUGAAUCAGAGUCAUUAGUCGAUUACUCAUUUAUCAGCAAAGAUUCAUUAACGACCUCUAAAGAAAAUUAAGAGAUUUUUCCUCCGUUUUUGGUACAAAUAAGAUGUUUUUGUUGGAUUACUUAAGUGAGUAAAUAUGAGCUCGAGAGGACAGAGGGGGGAUGUUUGUUUCGACUUCAGAUCAAACGAUUAAUCGACGACGGAAAAUGCUGUUAGGAUGACCUUUUACUGAUAAACCUGCAGAUCACUUCCUGUUGAACUGCAAAGAUUGUUAACCUUUAUAGUUAAUGAUAAUAAUCAUUUGGGUUUAAUCUUCUGUAAAUGAUUAGAUUUUAAUUCCUACCAUCUAAAUGUGUUUGCAGGUUUUUGUUCUUUUACAAAGAGUAGAAGAGGAACUGAGGUGUCUUUGUUGUCAUGGAGCUUUUAAACAAUGAAUGCUUUAUAGUGAUCAAUUUGCAGAUUUUGAAUAGUUAAUUGCAAUAAAUCACAAUUAUAGUUGCAUGUUUGUAAUGUCUUCAUUUUGCGUUUGAAGACUUUUAUUGUUUAUAUUUAUUAAACAGGUAUUAACAGUUGUCGAAUGGAAAUCAAAUAAAUCCAAUAAAAUUAUGAUCUUGACUUUAUAGAUUUGUUUUUUAAAUCGAUCCUGUGCAGCUUCACCACUUUGGUCUGAAACCACGACUAAAAAGAGGCAGGAGACAGUUUUAAAAAGCUAAUUCUGUUCAUCACAGUUUUUAAAAACGUAUGUUAGUAAGUCAGUAAAUUAAAUCUACAGGUCUGUGGUGAGUCAAAACCUCGAAAUUAUAGGGCACUGUUGUCUUCUGUGAUGCGGUUUCUCACUGGUCUCCGAUCAGCUGUUCCUGUAUGCUCAGUAAACUUAAACUCAUGUUACUUCUGACAUGUGAACUGGGUCAGAUUAGAGUUUUUCAAAGUGGAAUGUUCCGUUUAAAAGUUCCACUCUGACGUUUUCUGUCGACAGCACAGCGGCUUGACUACCUGCUGUAAGAAAAGACUCAACAGCAGGUUAAUAAUAACACGUUAAUUACAGACAGUAACUGAGUCUGGAUCGGCGUGUUAACACUGACAGUCCAUGUCGUUAUGUAAUGCACAGCAGAAUUGGAAAUGCCUUACCUCUGUGUAUGUGUGCAACAUUCAGGCAUUCACAGGAGACAACAAUAUUUAUUAAACUAAAACAUCUUUUACACAGUUCGAUGAAUUUAAAUACCUGGCUGCGUUUGUGGAAACACUGACACUUUAUGCUGUAAUUUAGACGACUUCACCAGUUAUCAGUUUUCACACACUUACAUAUUAUAAAAGACGACAAAAUAGUCUUCAGCUGCAACCCUAUAAAUACAGGUUUCCUUAAGUCAUGGUUAUCUUUAGUCUAAACCCUGGAGAUGUGAAGUGUCUUAUAAGAUAAAACAAUAUUUAUAACUUCCACCACAAGUUAAGAAAUGAGGGACAAUGUCUUAUUUUGCCUGUUUUUAAGUGACUGACUGAUUAAUUAGUUGUAUCUGCUUUUGGUUUAAUGCUGUUUUUGUGUUUUUGUUUCUUUUCCAGACAUGGAGCCACAGACAGAAAGACAAAAACCGAACAACAAUAAUAAUGGACAGCUGAUCUUCGUCCCUCAUCAGGACACGAUCCGUCUGCUGGAGGUGUACGUGAAGCGCAGCCUCAGCUUAAAUGACGGGACCCUCGGGACCAAUUCUUUCCCGGGCAGAGCCAGGAAAGAAAAAUGGGUGCCGAGGUCGAGAAGGCAUAGACGGCACUCCAGCGACCCUUCGAUUCACUUAGCAGGAUUAGACGUUGAGGGGAUCGGUGUGUUUUCUGGGGUUGAUACUCCCUCAAACCAGCCUGAGAUACUCUAUGAGGAGGUCGACAAACCCCCCAAGAAGUCCAAGAAGAGCAAGAAGCCCUCGUUUUGGAAAAGUCUGUUCAGUGUUUUCUCCCGGAAAACUAUCGAGGAAGAGGAGCAGGAGAGCAGUCCACCGGAGAUCUCCGAAGUCUCCCAAGGAGAUGAGAAAUCAGACAUCGUGAACACGUGUCUGCCCACGACUCCAGCGACGGUGCAGAAACGAAAAUCUACCAGGAGGAAAUCUUUGAAGAGAAGGUUUUCUAUGAGGCGGUUAUCACAGCUCAAAGUCAACAAAAAUGGGAGUCCUGCAGAAAUCAGCGGAGUCCAGGGUGAGUCUGUGUGCAUGAACCAGGAUCUGGAUCAGACUCACGCUGCAAACAUGCCUCUCAUGAAAACUGUCACUGCAGAUUAACAUCUUUAUUUUAUUUACUUUGCAGACGCCGUCAGUGUGGAGUCGACGUACUCUUAUUAUGAGAAGGUUUCAGAGGAACUGGAGAAGAUCGUCCACGAGGUGAAAGAGAAAGAGGAAGUGAAGAAGCUCUCUGAUGGUGAGAAACCGUUUCUGCUCUUCUGACCUUUAUCUGACGGUGACGCUGCAUGUGUGUCUAAAAACAGAAGUGUAUUUUUUACACUGAAAACCACAAACAGCAGCACAAAGUCAGACUUCUGCAUAUUCAAAAACCUGAUCAAUGUUUUCUCUCUGUUAUUAAAGUGAUACGCACAGAUCAUUGUGGGUCAUUCAGCUCGUUGAUUAAUCUUCCUCGUGCUCUUUUGUUUUCUCAGAGGAAGUCAUCAACAGGAUCAUCGCUCUCACUAAGCAGCAGGGUGACGCCAUCGACAAUAAGGUGGGUGUAACUCUGUGAAAAACAGAGUCUGUGAAAAACUGAAACUGAGCGUUCAGUCCAGAACUGAAGGACUGAGGUGGUUUUUUAUCUCAACACUCGGAUCUUUUUAAAGAACAUUAAAGUUGUUAAACUGAAUCAUGAAACCGGGUCAUAAAGAGUUCAAACUCCACGCUCAGUAAAGGUCGGCCUGUUCUUUUAUAUGUUUAUUAUUUUGAUGUGUUCUGAUUGGACAAAAGCAGGAGUGUAAAAAGAGUCGAUCAGGCCGGGUUAUAAGACCUGCUCUGUGAAAAAACACUUAAAUAUAAUAGAUUUAAAAUAGUAAUUUAAUGGUUGAAACUUCUUUAAUAACAGAACCUGCUUUAGAUUUAGACUGAAGUCCCCAAACUGAGGCUCUUUAUAGUGAGUCAGAAUAAAACAAACUAUCCAGGCUGUUAUUUUUACAGUCUUCUUAUUAAAGUAAAGAAAAAUCUCCUGUAUCUGCAGCAUGUUUAAUCUGACAUGAUGAUGAAAACACCCUCGUAUAUUUGACCUCGUUGAAAACUAACCACACUGACCUGUGUUAUCUCUACGUCUCUGCUCAGCUGGUGUCUGUGUGUAAACUGUAUUUCUACUUAUAACGUAAAAAAGAUUAAACUAACCCCCAAAAUUCAUAUAUACACAUAAUUUCACUGAUCAGAUUUCAUCAGGUCAUGUCAGAUUUAAUCCAGAAUCUCUCUUCCUCUCAUUUUUUGAUUGUAAAUGAAAUCGUCAGACUCUCCUAAAGUCUCUGUGCCACUUCAUAAACAGGAACUUAAUUUAGACUCUAGUUCCUGUUGCUGAAAUGCACAGAGUUCCCUAAAAGGUUUUUAGUUCCUGAAGUGAAAGAAAAACGCCUUUUUAACGUAGAUUCACUCUUGACUUGACAACCCACCUUUUCAGUAAUCAGUGAUCGAUCACUGUAACUCAGACCUCAAAUGCUCAAUAAACAGAAAGCAGAGAUUACAGAGUCUACAUGUUAACGUGCGUUUGUAAAUGUCAUCUGGGUUAAUUGAUCUAUAAAAGUCUGAAUGUGGUUCAGGUUGUGUUUGAAAACUGGGACCAAAGUCAGAUGUGUCACCUGAUCCUGAGUAAAGGAUGUAGAUCUGUAAAUCUAGAUCACUCCUAUCUCGUUUGAAACUGAUUAUCGACCAAGUUUACGAGUUUGACCUGUGACAUCAUCCAAACAGAUUUCAUUGGCGGUCAAAGUCUCCUCCUCUGACUGAUCGUUUCCUCUCCUUAUCUCCUGCAGCUGAAGGACAACCCCACCCUGAGCAACUUCUUCCAGGGGAUGUCCUACUCUUCCUUCCAGCAGCUGGCCGACGCCUACCUGGAGGAAGAAGGGACGCCGACCCACAAUCCUCCCACCGUCCUCCCCACCGCUCCAGAGCUGGUCAAACUGGCGUUCACGCUGGACUUCACGGCCAGGGUAGCCGGACUGUCCAGACAGAACGUGUGUCAUAUCACAGGUCUGGGGAACCGCUAUCUGCAGGACCGAUUCGAAUACCAGCAGGUAAGAAUGAAAGAUGGUUUUAACUCGAUUUAAGAGGCCUAACCGCAGAUAGAAGUAGAGCACAUAGAGAGGUUUGGUUCAACACUUCUUUUGUCUUUUUUAGGCGUGUUCAGAUCAUCCGUGGUCAGACAGCGAUGACUGAGAGAGAGAGAGAGAGAGAAGACUAACACUGCGAAAUGAGAAAACUGACUUUUAAACACGACUCAGAAGCACAGAAAGGACCGAGGAGGAUGUGUCGAAAGCUUGAAUUCCUCUUUUCUUCAAGAGAAUCGAGGGUUAAAGUCCACAAACUUCAGCUGACGAACAACAAAUCGUUGCUGUUUGACUUUCACUGUUCUGCGCUCGAACUCUUGAGAAAGUCUGCAGCCUCGGGAUGUUUGCUGAAGAACCAGUCGAAUACCUCGGUGAGCUCUGGGUGUGUGCUCUGCUCAGUGUUGACGGAUCACAUUCACACGGAGGACGAGCUUCAGGAGGAAGACGCACGCUCCAAAGAUGCAGCAAUAAUCCAGAAUCACAAACGGAUGAUUCUUCAAAUGACACGAUGAAUGUGAAGCGCCUUCAUUUUAAUUUUACAAAUCCAUCACUGGGUUUGACCUUUGAGCGAAAUGAAAGCUGAUGAUGUAUAUAAGCUACUCACCUCUGUGCAAUAUAGUUUUUACACUUUUAGGAUUUUCAAAUGGGAAACAGCUCCUUUUGAAGAAGCUGAACUGAACUGUGAACUUGUACGUUUGUCGAUGUGAAUGCUGGCAUUCCUGUAUUUAAAAAAUAACAAUAAAAGAAAUCGAAUUUAA